AGAGGUUUCUUCUUUAUCCAUUUCCAGAAUAGGAUCGUUGGCAACUCGUUACUGCGACAGGAGUUUCGUAUAAAUAGAAGGUCGCAGAGGAAGACGUUCAAGAGUUUUCUUGAAUCCUCAGAGGAAACAACAUAUCAUCUAUUCACCAUGAAGACAAUCGGCGUUGCCCUGUUGGCGUUGGUGGCAUUUUUUGCCCUGAUGGAGGUCACUGGAGCCCUGCCAGCACCCGAACCUAGCCGACGCCACUUCUUUGGAGGUAGUCCCUACGGCUUCGGCGGUUACGGCUACAGACCCCACGGAUACGGCUUUGGCUACGGCGGAUACGGCGGUGGCUUCGGAGGCUUUGGAGGCUUUGGAGGCUUUGGUGGCCUUGGAGGAUUUGGAGGUUUCCACGGUUAAUAGAGAGCUUCUCUGUAGAUGAACAACCUCCAUAAAGAUAAUUGAAGUCAUUGCAUCAGUGACCUUCAUGAAACCCAAAGAAAUGUUCAAUUUUGAAGAGUUUCUAAAGAUAAUGUGAAAUCUAUUCUUUUAUACAAUAAAUUUUACUAUUUUUCCAAA